UACUGGUUUUAGGUUAAAAUAAAAUCGUUUUUAAGUAUAGCGAAGACAUUAUUGUGGAUGUAGGCAUUACACACCAACCAACAAGCAAGUGAAUUGUAUUGGUUUGCUGUAGCACUCACGUUGAAAGCGGACGAUAGCUAGGCCUAGUUUCAGUGAAUUAUGUGAGUCGACUGCUCUCAGGAUAUUAUCUAAUUUAGUACGUUUCCGUAGAAACAUGGCAGAUAUCAAAACAAAAUCCUCUGUUGACGUCUCUGAAUCAAAACAUAUACGAGAGAGACCAUAUAAAUGUGAUGUUUGUUGUAAAUCAUUUAAGCAAAAAGGUGCUCUCAAUGCACAUUUGAGAAUUCAUACUGUAGAGAAACUUUAUAAAUGUGACAUUUGUGGUCAAGCAUUUGAUAGAAAAGAUCAUUUUACAAAACAUGCGUUCAUUCAUACUGCCGAUAAGCCUUAUACAUGUGAUGUUUGUGGUGAAUCAUUUAUGUCGAAACAAAAUUUUAAGGAGCAUUCUUUUAUCCAUACUGGACAGACACCUUUUCAUUGUGAUGUUUGUGAAAAAUCAUUUAGACACCGUGAUAUCCUACGAAAACACCUUAUAACUCAUACUGAAAAGAAACCAUUUAAAUGUAGCGUUUGUGAUAAAUUAUUUAGCCAAAAUGAUAAUCUAAAGGAACAUAUGAAAAGUCACACUGGCGGGAGACGCUAUGAAUGUCAUGUUUGUCAUAAAUCAUUUCCUGGAAAAAGUCCUUUAAAUUAUCAUGUUAGAAGACACACAGAAGGAAAACAGUUUAUGUGUCAUGUUUGUGGUAAAUUAUUUACAACAAAAGAUUAUAUUGCAGAACAUAUGAAUAUUCAUACUGGCAAGAAGCCACAUCAAUGUAAUGUUUGUAAUAGAUCAUUUCGUACAAAAAGCACCCUUUACAACCACCAGAGAAGUCUAUCAUGUACUAUCCCAGACAAACAAUGUGCCGGAAUAUGUGAAAUUUGUGGUAAAUCAUUUGCUUCCAAAAAUUAUCUAAAUGAACAUGUGAAAUUUCACACCGGUGAAAAACCAUAUAGAUGUGAUAUUUGCGGUUAUUCAUGUAUUGCUGCUAGGCAACUGAAAGAACACCUAGAAACUCAUGCUGUAAACAGAGAACAUCAUAAAUGUGAUGUUUGCAGUAAAUCAUUCACUACUAAAAUAACUCUGAUGAUGCACGCUAGGAUUCAUCUCGGUGGGAAAUCGUUUAAAUGUAAUCUUUGUAAUAAAUCGUUUUUUCAAAAUUACCAUCUACAGGCACACAUGAGUAUACAUACUAGACAUAAACCAUUCAAAUGUUGGGUUUGUAGAAAGUCAUUUACCUUAAAAACAACUCGAAACAUACAUAAGAGAAUUUAUUGUGGUAAAUCAGUUAUUAGCAAAGAUUAUUAUAAAGAACAUGCCAAAAUUCGUAUUAGAGAACGACCAUAUAAUUGUGAUAUUUGUAGUAAAUCAUUUAUUCUUACAAGUACUCAGAGGUCUCACGCUGAAAAUACAUUUAAUUGUGAUGUUUGUAAUAAAUCAUUUUGUCAGAGUUCCACUCUACAAGCACACAAGAGAACCCAUUCUGGAGACAAACAUAUUGAACAUGAUCUUUGUAAUAAAUCAUUUACCCAAAAAGGCAGCGUAAGUAAGAAUUCUCAUACUGGAAGUAAACGGUAUAAAUGUGAUGUUUGUAAUAAAUCAUUUAGUACAAAACGCGAUCUACAUCAUCACCUCCGAACACAUACUGGCGAAAAACCAUACAGAUGUGAUGUUUGUAAUAAAUCAUUUAGUCAGAAGAGUACUGUCAAUGCUCAUAUGAAAACUCACAAUCCAGCGGAAGAGUUUGAAUGUGAUGUUUGUAAUAAAUCAUUUGCUACCAGAAGUUAUUUAGAUUUUCAUAUGGAAAGUCAUAUCAGUGAUAAUCCUUAUACAUGUGAUGUUUGUAGUAAACCAUUUACCCUAAAAUGUAAUCUAAACAGACAUAUGAAAAUUCAUACAGAAGAAUCCACAGAUGGAAAUCUAUAUAAAUGUGAUUUUUGUAAUAAAUCAUUUUCUAGGAAUUCCAAGCUACAACAACACAGGAGAACGCAUUCUGGCGAGAGACCUUUUAAAUGUCAUCUUUGUAAUAAAUCCUUUACUCAAAAAGGCAGUCUAAGUGAUCAUAUGAAUAUUCAUACUGGUUGGAAACCAUAUCAAUGUGAUGUUUGUAAUAAAUUUUUUGCCCAAAGAAGUAAUCGAAAUGCACAUAUGAAAUCUCAUGAUGCAGAGAAACGACAUGAAUGUAGUUUUUGUGAUAAAUCAUAUACCCAAAAAGCUAAUUUAAUCAUUCAUAUGAAAAAUCACACUCAAAAGGAAACAUUUACAUGUGAUAUUUGUGAUAAACAAUUUACUAAUAGAAAUAAUUUUGAUCGUCACUCAAAAACUCAUGCCACUUUUAAAUGUAAUGUUUGUUAUAAAUCAUUUACUACAAAUGGCCGUCUAAAAGCACACCUCAGAACACAUAGUGGUCAGAAACCAUAUAGAUGUAAUAUUUGUAAUAAAUCAUUUAGCCAACAGAGCAGUGUAAAUGUUCAUAUGAAAACUCACAAUCGAGAAGAAGUGUUUCAAUGUCAUAUUUGUAAUAAAUCAUUUGUUACGAGAAGUUAUUUAGAUAUUCAUGUGCAAUGUCAUAUUAGUGGGAAACCUUACAAAUGCGAUAUUUGUAAUCAAUCAUUUACCCUAAAAUCUAAUUUAAAGAGACAUAUGAAAACUCACACAGACGAACCCAGACCUGAAAAAAAAUAUAAAUGUGAUGUUUGUGAUAAAUUAUUUACCAGAACUGCUAGUCGAAAAAGACAUAUGAAAACUCACACUGCAGAGACACCAUAGUAAUGUGAUAUUUGAAAAAGUUGUUAAAAUAGUUGUGUUAGAAGUCAUCACUGUAACCUGGGUAUUAUUUAAUAUUGUGUAUCUAGCACUAAUUUCUUUCACAUUCGUUUAAUAUCAAAUCUUUGUUUAAAUAUUUGUAAAAAUUGUUUAAAAUAACCCCAAACCAUCUAA